GGAUUCUCCAAUUUCCAGUGCGUUUCUGAUACCCACAGCAACACCCGCAGAAUCGAAAGUAGCCCACCGUGCCGCCGGCCCAGCCGCACGUCAUCCAACAGACGUGUCCCGUACCGUCUGUCAAGGAGCUGACUGCAGUGGUGCUGUGGUGGCAGCAGGCAGCCUGGCAGCUCAACAUUUGAAACAGGCCUGACAGGCAGCUCACCUCAUCGCCUCUCUCAGGAGUCCGCAUCCUGUCACCGACAGGCCAAGGAAGAUGCUGGAGUAUGGGGGGCGACUGGGGCUGCUCGCCAUUGGCCAGGGGUCCCCUGGGGAUCCUGCAACCUCGCGGCGCAGUGGGGCUGUACAUCAAUGUAAAUCACCUUGAUCACCACCUGCUGCCUGACGUUGGCCGCCCCCCUUGUCUGUCUCGCGGUCGGCUCGGAAUCCCUCUCGGCCAACAUUCAUUCUAAUAAAGGAACCGUCCCUUGUUCAGACACAGCACUCUUGUGCACCUUGCGCUUCCUCUUUCUCACCCUCGCCGUUUGGUCCUGAUUUCUCUCUCCUCAAACUCAGCCUUACCCCGUCCCACCCGCCUGUCCUGCAGGGCCGAAACACCACGCAAGAUGAUGCACCACGCCGCCACCUUCAGUGGCUCGGUGGCCAAGAGGGCCCUGGAGAUGCGUGAGGCCUACGUUGGUGAUGGGCAGGGGGAAAUGAAUGAGUUGCCGGGUUGGGCGUGGCUCGUAUUCUUUGCCGACUUCCUGGUCUUCUUCCCGAUAUUCGUCUACGUCGGCUACACUCUGAGCCAUAUCUACCCGACCCUCGCCAUGAUCGAAGACCCCGAACCGCCACCAUAUGAGCCCGUCGACCUGAACGACUCCGACUCCAUCGCCGAGGACAACGCACCCCUCGACGACCGGCCCGUCAAGGUCGACCAGGAGCCCGUUCUGGUCACCUCGUCCCUCCGCAGCAUCAACCGUCUUCUCUAUUCCACCGCUGGCUGGACCGCCAACCUCCGAGGCCUCCCCUGCGCCAUCGUCCUGUCCCUUGCCGCCGGCGCCUCGGGUGCCAUCUUCAGCGGCGUCCCUUUUGUCCCCCGCUCCGUCGGUGUCCUGCUGGCCAGCCUCGUGACCGUUCAGCUUUCCACCGCCUGGACGCACAUCGUCAUCUCCGCACCUUCUACCCUGCGCUUCUACCAGCGCCUGCCGCCCUUCGGCAAGACCUUCCAGGCCACCGCCGUCCCCAUCGUCGUCUACUGGGCUGCCACCCAGCUGACCGCCUAUCUGCCCAUCGCGCUCUCCUACCUCCUGGGCCUGGCCAAAUGGGACGUCCGCAACCCGACCCAGGUCCCCCAGUACGGGGGUGACAUCAUCUGGAAGUCGUUCGUUCUCGCGCUCGUCGUGGUCGCAGCCAUGGUGUUCCUGGUCAUUCCCGCCCAGGUUAUGCUCGUCCGCGUCCAGGCUAGCCUGCUGCCACCAGACGAGAGCCCCAUUCUGGCCUUUGAUCGUUCGUUCGCCGGCGCAGUGGAGCCCCCGGUCGUCGGUGGCAAGGGCUAUGUUACGUACUCGGACGCCUGGCGGACCUUUUCUCGUCAGAGCUGGAUCCGUCUCUACAAGCUCAUUGGCAAGAUCAUCGCUGUCGAGUUCGCUGUCUAUGUCCUAUUCGUCGCUAUUGUUGUACCCGAGUUCAUUCUCACGGUCAAAGCCAGCAGGCCCGUUGACUCGAAUUAGACAGUGGUUGCGCCAAAGUGAGUUUGAAAAGAGGGUGAGCGUCUGUGAGGACAAGGAUGCUGUCAAAGAUCACAAUCAUUAUCAGUGCCGUCAGGUUUGUGGUUUGGUUCUAGACCUGCGGAUUCAGUCACUAUUACAUUUGAACUUUAUUUUGCACCGGAAGCGACACAUGUUUUGGUAGCGGCGUUCUGGGCGAGUUUCGGUUGGGCCAUGUUAUUUGCAUUUAGUGCCCAACUCACCAACAACACAUAAGGCAGACCUGCCACCUCCCCCGAACAAGUGCUCAAACGAGCAGGCAUAUCAAUUUCAUAAAUGCAAAAUUUCACACAAGAACCGUUGAG